AUGGGGAAGAGGAAGUCGAAGGUGUUGCAGCCGAAGAAAAACAAGCUGCCAAAACUUGACAAGGAAUUUGACUGUCCCUUCUGCAGCCACCCCCGGGCUGUCGCAGUAAAAAUGGAUCGAGGGCGAAACAUAGGGUCUCUCGGCUGCCGGAUUUGCGGCACAUCGUAUGAGAAGCGAAUCAACCGGCUCGACGAACCCAUCGACAUUUACGGAGCAUGGAUUGACGCAUGUGUGACGGCGAACACUCAAGCGGCGGAGCAAGCGCAGCGGAAAAUGGCGUCAAACGAGGAAGACGGCCGCUUUGACUCCAGCGCCGUGCCUUCCCGUGGCUUUGUCUCUCGGGUGCCGUCCAGAGUUGGACGUGGGGAAGAUCGGUCGGGUCCGGCGAGUGGUGAUGAACGCGAUUUCAGACGGAGGAGUCCCGCUGACGAAGAGGACGACGAGGGUGACGAAGGCGACGAGAGCGACGAGGAUGCCCGACGCACGUCGGAGUUUGUGGAAAACAGAGCUUCCGGCGGCGCGAGGUUGAAACGCCUCCGAGUUGGCCGAGGAAGAGACGAAAGCAGUGAGGACGACAGCGACGAACCAAGGGGCAACGAUGCGGAGGCGAGUCGCGACGCCAUGGGAGUCCUGAAAAAACUUCGGGAACAGCAGAAAAAGGAAGAAGACGCAGAAAGUGGGCGGGACGAAGCCUUGUUUGAAGACGACGAAUAA